CAUGGAGGAGGGAUCAGAAAAGCUUCCUGCCAUGUGCAGCCUGCCCCCUGGUGGACAAGCCUAUGCUUUGGGGGUUAUCCAGGCACAAACCACUCUCCGAAGAGUGUCUCUACCGAUCCAGAUCCAAGAACUUGACUGUGGAUUUUGUAAGACCCCAGGAACUCCAGAAAAUUGCUGCUCAUCAGCUACCUGUGCAUCCAUAACUGUGUAUGGAGCGCUGACCUGCCCAGCUCCGCUAAGAUGCUCCUGUCUUCGCCCUCCACGCCAUCGAGGGGACGAACUCCCAGCGCCGUGGAGAGGCUGGAGGCUGACAAAGCCAAGUACGUCAAGACGCAGCAGGUGAUAGUACGCCGUCAGGAGCCAGCCCUGCGAGGGGGACCAGGACCGCUGACGCCACACCCUUGCAAUGAGCUGGGAGCCUCUGCAUCGCCCAGGACGCCUGGACCUGCCCGCCGGGGUAGCGGCAGGCGACAGCCAAGGCCUGACUCCCUCAUCUUCUACCGCCAGAAGCGGGACUGCAAGGCUUCGGUGAACAAAGAGAACGCCAAGGGUCAGGGGCUCGUUCGACGCCUCUUCCUGGGCGGCCCCCGGGAUGCUGCCCCGAGCAGCCCGGGACCUACAGAGAGACCUGCGGCUCCCGCAGGCUGGGCUGGGUCCCCAGAUGAGGUAGAUGGUAGCGUUCUGGAGUUUGUAACGCUCGUGUCAAAUGUGCCUGAAAUAGAGAAAGUGCUCAAUAAACUGUAG